CCCCGCCCCUCAGCCGACGUCACCCGGGCUCCGCAUCUGCUGCAGUCGCUGCGGGGAGGAGGCGGCGGCGCGAGCGCGGCAGAGAUGGCGUCCGCUACCGACUCCCGCUAUGGGCAGAAGGAAUCCUCGGACCAGAACUUCGAUUACAUGUUCAAGAUCCUGAUCAUCGGCAACAGCAGCGUCGGGAAAACCUCCUUCCUGUUCCGGUACGCCGACGACUCCUUCACGCCCGCCUUCGUCAGCACCGUCGGCAUCGACUUCAAGGUCAAGACCAUCUACCGGAACGACAAACGCAUCAAGCUGCAGAUCUGGGACACGGCCGGGCAGGAGCGGUACCGCACCAUCACCACCGCCUACUACCGCGGGGCCAUGGGCUUCAUCCUCAUGUACGACAUCACCAACGAGGAGUCCUUCAACGCCGUGCAGGACUGGUCCACCCAGAUCAAGACCUACUCCUGGGACAACGCCCAGGUCCUGCUGGUGGGGAACAAGUGUGACAUGGAGGACGAGCGCGUGGUCUCCUCGGAGAAGGGCCGCCAGCUCGCCGAGCACCUGGGCUUUGAGUUUUUCGAGGCCAGCGCCAAGGACAACAUCAACGUGAAGCAGACCUUCGAGCGGCUGGUGGACAUCAUCUGCGAGAAGAUGUCGGAGUCUCUGGACACGGCCGACCCCGCGGUCACCGGCGCCAAGCAGGGCCCCCAGCUCACGGACCAGCAGGCUCCCCCUCACCAGGACUGUGCCUGCUAGGGGCCAGCCCCACCCCACCCCUCCCAAAAUCCACCCCCUACCCCCAAAAAAAAACCGGUCAGUGCACCCCAAACCCCCCCAGCCCCGGGGUCCCGCGGGGGUUUUUGCUGCUGAUACCUCCCAAAGGGCUGCGGCCCCUCUAGGAGAGCCCCCCUCCCCAAAUUCGUUAGGCUGUGCCCCCCCCCCUCCACCUCCUCCACCCCUUAAUUUAUUUUUAAGCCUGGGCUGGUAGAAAACUCCUCCCCCGUUCUGCUUUUAAUCACUGUCGAGGAACCAUCACCCCCAGCCCCAUUUCCCCUGGUGACCCCCCCCCCUACACCCACAGCCCUGUCCUGGCACCCCCUGCUCUGGAGACCCCUCCCCUGUCCUGGGACCCCCUGUCCUGGUGCCCCCUGACCUUUUUCCUGCUCUGGGACUCUCCCCAGACCCUCUACCCUUUUUCCUGCUCUGGUACCUCCUGUCCUUGUACCCUCUGCCCUUUUUCCUGCUCUGAGAAAUCCCCUGAGACCCCCUGCCCUUUUUUCCCUGUCCUGGGACCCCUCGUCCUGGUACCUUUGCCCUUUUCCCUGCUCUGGGACCCUCCCCAGACCCUCUGCCCACUUUUCCAGCUCUGGUACCUCCCGUCCUUGUACCCCCUGCCCAUUUUUCCUGCUCCUCCCGUCCUGGUACCCCCCCAUCCCUUUUCCCUGCUCUGGGACCCCCUUCUCUGAGGAUUCCCCAGCCCUGGGACCCCCCCUUGCUCUGGACCCCCCCCUGUCCUGGGGAUCCCCCUACCCUGGGACCCCUUUCCCAGCGUGUGGGUGCUGUGACAGGACCCCCCCCCAGUUCCUCCCCACCCCACCCCGUGUGCCCCCCACUCCUUUUUUACCCCUCCUGGUGGAGGGGGCUCUUCGUGCCCGGCUUUUUCCCGCCCCUCCAGCUGGAUGGAUUAUUUCCUGACUCUUGUUUAUUUGUAUAAAUAGAUGCUAAUUUAUGCUCCCGCCGUCUUCCUCCUUGUACAUACAGAAACUCCUUGUAAAUAGGCGUAGGAAAAGUGACGCUGUGCGCGUGAACCUGCUGUGCUGUGGCCGUGGUGGUGCAUUUAUAUUUAUAUAUAUAUAUAUAUAUAUAUUCUGAUUUAUUUUCUCUUUUUUUUUUUUUUUUUUUUUUUUCCUUCUCUCGGUGUGUUAACCUUGCUUGUGAAUAUCACUUUAAAAAAAAACAAACGACAAAAAACAAAACCCACCCCCCCAAAAAAACACCACCAAAACCCAAAAAAACCCAACAAACCCACCAACCAACCGACAGCAAAACUCUUAUUAUUUAAAUAAGGUUUAAAAAGGAAAAUUGGAUUUCCAUCCAUCAGCCAGGCCGAGCCAAGGGGAGCGAAAUUUGGGGUUUGGGGGAGCCCGGGUCGGGCUCGUGGCGGGGACGAGCGGGGCUGGGACCGCGGCUGCAUUGCUCCAGGGAUUUGGGAUCUCGUGUUCCUGUAGUUCUGUGCUUCUGUGGAGACUGUGAAUAAGUGGAUAUUCCCCUAGCCAUGACAGAGCUGCCCUUUAUUUAUUUUUUUCCCGGAGCGCUGUGUCUUUAUUUUACGGAUUUCCCUCUAUUUUCCACCCCCCCCUACCACGAUUCCAUCUCCUUCCCUCUUCCCCCUUUUCCCCCCCACCCCUCUUUUUUGUGAAGUUUACUUAUGGAAGAGUUACACUGUACUGUACAAAUGUCAAAAGUGUCAAAAAGAGUACAAUUUCCUAAAAAUCACUGUAUUAAAAGAAAUGUUGUGAAGAAAUAAACCGAUGCUGAUCAGAAGUUUC